AAACGACAGGUUCUGACAGUCCAAUUUGGACGCUCGGUCCUUGUAGCUCAGCGCCAGGAUGGACGUCGCUCCAGGGUAAAGGGAAUCAUGUCUGUCGGUGUUUUGCUGUCACUUUUGCUGGCGUUGCUGUGCAGCCAGCGGGCCGCCACAGGAUCCGGGCUCCUCAGUAACCAGACCGAUGUCGGAUUCUUCGGUACUUCUUUGACCACGAUGCCUGUAAACAACAUGAAUGAUGAGUGCGACCUUGUGAUGAACUACAACGCCUCAGAGCGCUGCUCAUUCGUGAAGAGGACACCUGACUGUGACAUGGAGGACGGGUACAUCAACUACCUGGAUCUGGCCUUCUGCUUGUUGAGGCCCGACCUGACUCCUCUCACCAUCACUCUCUGUAUUGUGUGGCUCUUUUUUCUGUUCGUCAUUCUCGGACUCGCUGCUUCAAAGUUUUUUUGUCCCAACCUGUCGGCCAUCUCUUCCAGUCUCCACCUCACCCACAACGUGGCUGGCGUGACAUUUCUCGCGCUGGGUAAUGGAGCUCCUGACAUCUUCAGCGCCAUGGUUGCAUUCUCCCGCCCGCACACCGCUGGCCUGGCUGUCGGAGCCUUAUUUGGAGCUGGUAUAUUUGUCACCACAGUCGUUGCAGGAGGCGUCUCUCUGGUCAAACCUUUCGCUGUGGCCUCCCGUCCGUUUCUGCGGGAUGUUAUCUUCUACAUGUCUGCCGUGUUUUGGACUUUCCUCAUACUCUACAGAGGAACUACGACGCUGGGGGAAACACUUGGGUAUCUGUCUCUUUAUGGGGUUUACGUUGUGACGGUUAUUAUCAGUGCUUGCGUCUACAAUCGACAAAAAAACUCUUUGAACACGGACACUCCAAGCGUCCCACAUAUUCCAGACUUGAAUUCGUCUGACUCCUCCUCUGAUGGUGACGACGACGAUGUUGCUUCCUCGUUGGCAAACUCUUCGAUCCAGCAGGAGUACGAGUACAGGCCGCUUCUGCCUUACUCCGAGUCCACGAGUCAAAUCCUGCUGAGCUCCUUGAAUCCGGUAGACCACAGGAAGUGGAGGAGGAAAUCAAGGAGCUGGAAAGUCUUUAAAGUUCUUAAGACACCUGUGGAGGUGCUGCUGCUGCUCUGUGUCCCUGUGGUGGACCCCGACAAAGAAGACAAGAACUGGAAGCGCCCGUUAAACUCCCUCCAUCUGAUCACUGCUCCUCUGGUGUGUCUGCUCGUCUUCCAGUCUGGAGAAUAUGCCAAUCAAAUGAUCCAGGGUCAGUUUCCUCUCUGGCUGCUGUUUCUACUGAUGGGACUGUUCUUGGCUGCUAUUGUUUUCUGUACAACCACCAACGAUCAUCCUCCCAAAUAUCACCCACUCUUUGCACUUUUAGGCUUUGUGGUGAGUGCAGCGUUGAUCAGUGCAGCAGCCUCUGAAGUGGUCGGUCUUCUGCACAUGCUCGGUGUGGUGCUGAGUCUCAGCAACACGGUCCUGGGCUUGACUCUUUUGGCCUGGGGCAACAGCAUUGGAGACUGUUUCUCUGACAUCACCAUUGCUCGUCAGGGCUACCCACGGAUGGCUAUAUCUGCCUGCUUUGGAGGAAUCAUUUUCAACAUGCUAAUAGGAGUGGGUCUGGGAUGUCUAAUGCAGAUGAUUAAAACAAAAUCUGGUGUGCAGUUUGAAACAGAGGGACUAUUGACAUGGAUCCUUGCAGGAUCUCUGGGUUUGUCCUUGGUCCUGUCUUUUGUCUUCAUACCCCUGAAUCGGUUCCACUUGGGUCGGAAAUAUGGGAUCUUUCUCCUCGUCUUCUACGUCAUCUUCCUUGUCAUCGCACUUCUCACAGAGUUUCAUAUAAUUCACACCUGACCUGACACCAGGACCCUAAACAGUCUGAAGAAUAUCUUGCUCUGUGAAGGAAACACUUGACUGCUGAAGAUCAUCUUCUGCACCUUCUAUUGCACUGUUCAAACAAGCAAUGAUGAUGUACUUUGUUGCUCCCCACAACCAUCAAAACCAAAGGUCAACGAGAAGCUACUUUCUGCUCAGGGAGGACUGAACCACCAAACUGUGUCUUUUACUUCGCUUAUUUCUGUCACUGGAGCUAGGACUUGUGAGUCCAGAGAGACAAAAAUAAUGUAAUUUUAAAACAAUGUGCAUGUACUGUGAAUCAAAUGUUUUACUUUAAACAAAGCUGCUUUCGAAAACUUUGAAAUAU